AGCAGUUCCGGUUCGGCUGGCCGCGGCUGGCGGCGCGGCGCCGACGGGGCCGGAGCGAUGCCCGCGCGUAGUCGAGCUGGCUCCCGCCUGCGCUCCGGCUCCCCUCCCCGGGCUCUGCGUCUGCCGCUCGAGGCGCUGCGCUCCGCCGACGCACCGAGGACCCCGGACUCCGACGGCGCCCCGGACACCGGCUCCGAGCUGGGUCCGGGCAGCUCGGCUCCCACCGCGGAGUCAGUGGAGGAAGAGAUGGCAGGCCCUAGUCAACUCUGCAUUCGCCGCUGGACUACUAAGCAUGUAGCAGUGUGGCUGAAGGAUGAAGGUUUCUUGGAAUAUGUGGACAUUUUAUGCAACAAGCACCGACUGGAUGGAGUCACAUUACUCACACUGACUGAAUAUGAUCUUCGAUCUCCUCCUCUGGAAAUCAAAGUCCUAGGAGACAUUAAAAGGUUAAUGCUCUCGGUCAGGAAAUUGCAGAAAAUCCAUAUUGAUGUUUUGGAGGAGAUGGGCUACAACAGUGACAGCCCCAUGAGUCCCAUGACUCCAUUCAUCAGUGCUCUUCAGAGUGCAGACUGGCUCUGUAACGGAGAGCCCACACACAACUGCGAUGGACCCAUCACUGACUUGAGUUCUGAGCAGUACCAGUACAUGAAUGGCAAGAGCAAACAUUCUGUUCGAAGAUUGGACCCAGAGUACUGGAAGACCAUACUGAGUUGUGUAUAUGUUUUUAUAGUAUUUGGGUUUACAUCUUUCAUUAUGGUUAUUGUUCACGAGCGAGUGCCUGACAUGCAGACCUACCCACCACUCCCGGAUAUAUUCUUAGACAGUGUUCCCAGGAUCCCGUGGGCCUUCUCCAUGACUGAAGUGUGUGGCGUGAUCCUGUGCUACAUUUGGAUCCUCGUUCUUCUUCUUCACAAGCACAGGUCGAUCCUUCUGCGCAGGCUCUGUAGUCUGAUGGGCACCGUCUUCUUGCUUCGCUGCUUCACCAUGUUUGUGACCUCCCUCUCGGUGCCGGGACAGCACCUGCAGUGUACUGGAAAGAUAUAUGGAAGUGUGUGGGAGAAACUACGCCGGGCGUUUGCCAUUUGGAGCGGCUUUGGUAUGACCCUGACUGGCGUCCACACUUGUGGAGAUUACAUGUUCAGUGGCCACACAGUUGUUCUAACCAUGCUGAAUUUCUUUGUCACAGAGUAUACGCCAAGAAGCUGGAAUUUCUUGCAUACUCUAUCCUGGGUUCUCAACCUCUUUGGAAUCUUCUUCAUCUUGGCUGCCCAUGAACAUUAUUCUAUUGAUGUGUUUAUUGCCUUUUAUAUCACAACAAGACUCUUUUUGUACUACCAUACUCUAGCCAAUACCAGAGCGUAUCAUCAGAGUAGGAGAGCAAGAAUUUGGUUUCCUAUGUUUUCUUUCUUUGAAUGCAAUGUUAAUGGCACAGUACCUAAUGAAUAUUGUUGGCCAUUUUCUAAACCAGCAAUAAUGAAAAGACUAAUUGGAUGAAGACUGUAUCUCUGUAAUGAGUUUGUUGUUAAAUAUACAGUAGUUACGGAAUGAAAACGAAUAACUUUACUUUGUCCCCAGGUUGUCCCUGGAUGUGUUGCAUUUUGGCUUCUAUGUUGACAGGUUUCCUGUUCUGAGCGAGACUGUGACUAUAAAACUCGAGAAAGAGCAACCAAGACUCCUUAGCUAGCUGUUUGAGCGGAGAGUUCGAGGACAGACUUGCUGCCUCUCCUUCACUGUGGGAAGACCCGGUCUGUGGGUGCUGUCAGGCCAUAACCUGUGCAUAUUGAGUGUUUAACAGCCUCCCGAACUCAAGCGCUUCAGCUUGGACUAGUUGGUGGAUUUGUACUGAUUUCCAGCAGGACUCAAGUCAAGAAAGGUUUUCUGAAGCUGUUUCCCCUACCAAGUGAGCAGUCUCUCACUUGUUCACUGAACUAAUCUGUGUCUGUCUGGAAAGUGAUUGUCUUACUAGUAAAUGUGUAUUACCCUUUGAACCAUUGUUAAGAAAAGCAUAUUGAACACAGCAGCUUGCAUGGAACAAGAAGAGAAUGGAAGGGCCAAGUGGCAGGUGUCACUGGCCUUCCCACGAGUGCAAAGAUGGGGCACGCAUUUUCACCACACGUGCAGUUCCUGUUUUGUCGGGAAGCUUCAGUGUGAACAAGAGUAAGGACUCGUAGGGGACAGCUGCGCAGGUUCAUACUAGUAAAGUGGUGUCGGUUUAGUGCUGUGAGUAUCUGGAAGACGUUUAUGUUGUACCAGUUAGUUAGGCAGUGACAGCCCAGUCUAAUGCUUUUUUAAAGAUGUGAUUUAGUGAGACAAGUAAGAGUUAAAGUUCUUAUGUCAGUAAAUAAGUAAAUGUGCAUGCAAAGAACUCUUUUCUUCUAGUGAAAAAAAAAUCUACAGGUUGUAGGCAUAGUGUUAACUCUUUGGGGUUUCUUGUUUUGUUUUCCUGAAAUUUCUCAUUCUUGACCAUUGAAAGUAAAUAGUCUGAGGCAUACUUGGACACAAAAAGCUUGUUGCUUUUUAUUUUAAAAAAUAAUUGUGUACAUACAUUCUUUCUAUAGUCUUAAUUUGGCUGUCAAGAACUAAAAUAAAUGAGCUGCUGUUUACAUUAGAAAAUUACCUUCAGUAAUUAAUUUCCCCUCUCUACCAUUUGUCACUUUAUUUUUGACUUUAGCCUGCUUGUAGAGUUGGAAAUUGACCUUCAGUUUAAACAAGUGGAAUACUAAUUGUGUAGUUUGUACAUUCCAUUUUAAUACAAGGACUUUGAGAAGAGUGCUGCAGGCAUCCUGAGGUCACAGUAGACCACAGCAGAUGCUUGUGUUCCUUCUCUGUUUGAGUGAAAUCUCCAGUAUUGCAGUUGGAGUCAUAGUCCCACCCUCCCCGAAGCUACCUGGGUGAAUUAGGCAGGGAGGGGAUGAUAUUAGGCAAGCAGGUUUCAGCCCAUGCUGAACAACACACUUUGAGUCUGCUAGAAACAUCACUCAUUUAUCACUUGAGAAAUGAUGUGAAGCAACUCAAGUUUGAUUAUGUUUUUAAAUCUUAUACUUCAAAUUCUUACAGUAUUUUAAAUUGUUGAUUCUGUUACAAGCCAGGAUCAAAAACACCAAUAUCUCUUGUAAAGAAAUUGCAUAAUCAUGGAGUGAAGGUUUUCCAUGCUUGUUUGAGUGGUUUGACUUGAGGUCAAAGGCUACUACUGCCCCCCCCUUUCACAUGCCCACCCCUAACGUAGCAGGACCCAACUUAGCUAGGAGGAAGCCAGUGUUGGCUUUGGGAGACUCUUCCAAAGCCAUCUGUGUCCACAUUCAUUUAAGAUGUUCACUGUAUUAACGGUGACUGUUUUAACAUCAGGCUUCUCUCCUCCGUAUGGAUUCUACUGUAGAACAAAAUAGGAAGGGAAUGCAGCUGGCUUUGCAGCGCUAUGGGUGGUGAGAGUGCCUGGCAGCAGCCUGCAGUGCGAAUUGUGAGUGGUCCUACAGUUACUCCCAUUGGUUUUGAAGAAAAGGUAAGCUAGACUAUGACCUAUUAGCUAUUCUAAGACAGUGUUUACAUGAGUUAAUCAUCUUCAGGUCUCACAACUGAGACAAAAUUGUUUUUCAGUUUUUGUCUUCACAUCUUUUCUCUUGCUGAAACCUUAACUGUAGUGAAGAUAGAAUUUCUGUUUACAUUUUGGGCAUGGUGUGGCUGGGUGGAGAAUCUCCAUGCUUUUGGAUCUUGUAUUUGAUUCUGCAGUUGUAGAAGGCUUUCAUCCUUGACAGCUUUAUACAGAAGGAAGGAAAGGCUUUGAGUUUGGGGAUGCAAAGUAGAGGUUCCGUGGGAGGUCCUUGAUGGAUUGCCUCUGGUCUAGAAACAGUAUUAUUGCCCUCCCUGUGGUGCUAACCUAUGGCUGUGUGUGCCAGGCACAUCCUCUACUACUGAACUACAUCCUUAGCUCUGUGUCUUUUAUGGGGCAAGGCAGAGUAUCUUGAAAGGUGGUUGAAGGCAGAGGAAAGGAUCGAGGUUUUAAGGAAGAUAAGCUUGCUCUCAUCUCCACAUACUUUGGCAGAAACCUUUUGUGUGUGUGUUGCAGUUCCCAGUGAGGCUCUCCUCCAGUUCUCUCUGACCAGAAUUGCUGUAGCAAAAGUACUACUUUCUAUGCUGGUUCUACAUGUUGAUGGUCUUAGAAUCAGUCAGUUUAAUAAAGGUGGGCUGCGACCAGGAAAACACACUGCCAGGAGCAUAGCAUUGGCACUGUGAGUGGUGAGAGCCCUGCUCUACCUGCCUGUGUUGUGACUGGGAAGUCACACCAAUCUGUCCUUUGUGAGCAGAGCGGAGGAGCAGCAUCCUUUUCCAGCAGAGAAGAAGCAGUCUGUUUUAGGAACAUUUGUGCAAAACUUCUCCUUUCUUCCUUUCCUUUCUUUUCUUUUGUUUUAAAGGCAGGGUUUCUCUGUGUAGCCUGGGCUGUCCUGGAACUCAGUCUGUAGAUCAGGGUAGCCUCAAACUCAGGGAUCCACCUGUCUUUGCCUCCCAUGCUGGGAUUAAAUUCAAAUUCAUGACAAAAACCUGUUUUGAUUAUAUUUAGCAAAAAGUGAUUUUAUUAUUUAAAGAUUCUAGAUGCAAAGUGCUUAAGAAUGUUUACGGUAUUCUUGACUUGAACUCCCUGACUUAAUACACUUAAUUAUUUGAUAGUCCUUUGUAGACAGAGAUCCCAUAGUGAAAGCAGUGACAGUAUACGCACCUGUCUGUCAGCCCUUGGGUUCUCAGACCCUGGAGACAAGAACGUUCCUCAGAUAGUUUGCUUGCUUUCCUUCACAGUGUGAAAGCCACCAGAGCACUUGAGUUAUAACGACAACCCGGCACGACGGUUUAGACGGCCGCCCCGCUGUCUAUUCGGGAGUGAGCUUGGUCCAGUUGCCCCAUACCUCUGCAGCUGGGGACUGCUAGAUCCCAGGAAAGCUCAGAGAGCUUCAGCUGCCCCACUGGUGGGAAGAGAAAGGGGGGUGUUCGUUUCUUCUCUUUGUGCAUAGCUUCCAACGACUGAAAUUAUUGUAGAGGGAGCUGUGGAUUUGCCUGUCAAUUCAGUGGCACUAAUUCCACAUUACUAAUGUGAAAAAUUAUUGUAUCGAGUUCAGUACAAAUGUCUAUGAACUAAGCUAUUUCUCCAGCUACACUAAGUUGUUUUUGAGGAUACAUUCUACUGUAUGUUAAACAAGGACUCUUCAUUCUGUGUAUUUCUUGUCUUGGCAUAAGGAAGCUUUGUGCUUUGAUGAGGGAAGGAAUGUUAGGAAGUUGUUUUUGUUUUUCAUUGUUAUUUCACAUCUUUUAAUCUGAGCUACUGGAUUUUCUGAAGAACUAAACAGCCUGUUAUUAACAUGUUUCAGAUGUUUAAUUUGAAUGAUUUUUCAUUUGAAGGAUUCGGGAUUGUUAGGAUAAUGAACUGUUUCUGCUGUGGAGCAAAGAGGCGAAACUGUACUCAUUGGAGAAGCAGUUUGUGUGGACUAAGGCAGGCGUGUUUAGUUUAGGGAAUUCUACCUGCAGGUCUCCCUGUCCACAGAGAAACUGGUGGUACUUGAAGAUGUGAAAGUUCCUGUGGUAGCCAUACCUUGAAGCACAGUAUUGUAUAUAAGUAAAUACCUGAUUCUAAAUUAAAUCCAGAUUUAACUAAUAUAUAUUAUUUUAUAUCUUUGUUGUAUUAAAAUGUUUUAAAACACUAAAAAUAAAACAUUUGAAAGUUGA